AUGGAGCAAAUCGAAACUCAUUUUCAAGAAACCACUGAUAAUUUUCAUAGCACUAUAAGCUCCCUAAGUUCUGCAUGUGAGAAUACAUUUCUUAAAGAAAUUGAUCGUGAUUCAGACAUCGGCGAUUCCAUUCGUGAAGAAAUUGAAAAAAAGUACAAGAAAUCGUCUGUCAAUUCUAACUACAUAUUCCCUAGGCAAAAACGGCAAAGGUCUAAAACAAGCAUCCAUAAAUUUUUGCCGUCUCCAAAUUCAAGUUCAAUCAAGCAGCAUUUAACAUUUGAGAAAUCUCUCCCCAUCAUCAAUAAAGGGCCAAAAACUCAAAAUGACACAAUCCCUCCUUAUCCCUCAAAUAAAUCAAAAAUGAUCCUUUCAAGCUAUAAAAAAACAAAUUUGAUUGAUAAAAGAAAUUAUGCGACAAUCUAUGAUAAUUCAAAUAAUUAUAAAAAAAUAAGCAUGAAGCAGGCUUCUCAGAAACGAAUACCAAUUCAUGAAAGAACUAAAAGUGAAGCAGUUAGAUCUAGAACCCCUGCAUAUCCUUUAAGAGAAAAAUCACCUGAAAAGUCUCCACCGAAGUAAAAUGUAUUUAGAAAUAUCCAAAUGAAAUCAAGUGUUAAGUCUUUGUCAAAAGAAAAUCCUUACAGAAUAACAACUAAAGUUUCACGAGUUUCAAUGAAAUCUUCUCAGCAUCACUAUGCAUACUCGGUGGAGGAUUUUGUGUAUGUUCCUGCUGUGUAUUAUGGGAAAUAA